AUGAAGCCUGCCUUCUUUCUCGGCGCUGCCCUGCUCCAAGUGAGCUCGACCUUCGCUCAGUGGUCUGCCCCUUCGGCCGCCAUCAACUGGAACGGCCUGGGCCACAUCCGCGUCUACGCCGUCGACAACAGCGGCCAGGUCCGCGAGUGGCAGUUCGACGGCAGCGGCUGGAACGGCCCCAGCUACAUCGGCGCCACUGCCAUGCCCGGCUCCGGCGUCACUGCUGUCAACGACGGCGCCCAUCUUCGGGUCUACUACCAGGACCAGAACGGGCGGGCCCGAGAGAGAGUCUAUGAGAAUGGAUGGACUGACGGCGCUACUCUGCCUUAA